AUGAAGAGUAGUUACAGCCUAUCAAACGAAAGGAUCAGUAAGUUCUGGCAUCAGGUAUUCAAGGAGUCUGCGGAGGAUAGGAUAAUACUUAAGGAGCUGAGUUUGCCGCUGGCAAGGAUCAAAAGACUGAUGAAGGUUGAGGAGGGAGUGCGGAUGGUGGCAUCAGAAGUACCGAUUUUGUUUUCAAUGGUGACUGAGAAAUUUGUUGAAGAGCUUACGCUUCGUGCCUGGAUAAACACGGAGGAAAACAACCGGAGGAUUCUGCAGAAGUCUGAUCUGACAGCAGCGGUGAAGACUUCGGAAAUAUUUGACUUUUUGAUAUAUGUCGUUCCUAGGAAUGACUUUGCUCAUGUUUUCAAUAGCAUUGGAUCAGAAAAGAUGCAAAGCCGAGAAGACAUUGACUCAGAGCCUCAGGAAGCAUAUAUGCAGCAGCAUAUGUUUAAUGAGCGAAUGAUGAUGAAUGGGCCGGCAACACAGAUUCAUCAGCAAGACUUUUAUGCACGGGAAUGCCGAGGGAUUGGCGACGUUCCUGAUGCAACUGGAAAUACUGUGCAUCCAAGCGAUUAUAGAAAUGCCUUUGAUAUCUCAUUUAAUAGAGAACAUGACUCUUGA